CUGUCUACUGUCUAACUAGCGCCUACUACAACUGCCUAGUGCCUACAUCUAUCUGCUGCAGCUUGCAGCUCUUCGACCUCGCACUUAGCAGUCAAUACUUUCAUUAAUAAUAAUAAUCAUAUUCUCGCUUGUAUAGGGUUAUGCUAUUAGUGUUCAGUUUUUACCUUAUAAGUUACUGGUAUUUCGUUUUCCCUUUCUCGUUGUAUUCGAUUCACGGGUAUCAGUCAUUGGACAUUAAGUAGCUGCUCACCAGUCUAUGAUCGUCGUCCGUCGAUCGUCCUAGGUGAAGCCGGUCGGUUCUGCAUCAUCGAUAUUAUAUUAAUAUUAUAGUCAUUGUCCAGGUGAGACAGUAUUUAAUCUUUCAUCAUGAGUGUUCAAGGAUUUGAGGAUCUAAUUAAUGGUCCUUUAACCACUUUUGUUCAAUUAUCCAACCAAAUUGGUGGUGAUGUAUCCACUCAGGCUGCACUUGUCUUAAGUGCUUUUCAGGCUGAGUUUCAAUUCAUCAAAUAUGCCAGUGAUCAUAGUGCACCUAGUGACAGUGAAAAGCAAAAGCUAUUACUUCCUACAAGUACUAAAAUCCAAGAAAUCCAAGCACUAAGAGAGAAAAAUCGUGGGUCUCCGUUUUUCAAUCAUCUCAGUGCCAUCAGUGAAAGUAUACCUGCAUUAGGUUGGGUUGCUGUGUCUCCUACUCCUGCUCCUUAUGUUAAAGAAAGCAAUGAUACUGGUCAAUUUUAUACGAACCGUGUGCUUAAAGAAUGGAAAGAAAAGGACAAAACUCAUGUCGAGUGGGCAAAAACUUGGGUUCAACUUUUAGUUGAUCUUCAAGCAUAUGUCAAACAACACCAUACAACWGGACUGGUUUGGGCCAAAGCUGGAACAAAACCAUCUGGAGGUCCACCUCCCCCACCACCACCAUGUGGAUUGCCGCCAAUGGAUGAUUUAUGUUUAGCUCCUGCUGAUCCAGAUGCUACWAACCGUUCAGCCUUAUUUGCAGAGAUCAAUCGCGGUGCUGAUAUCACUAAAAGCUUGAAAAAAGUAUCUUCUGAUAUGCAAACCCACAAAAAUCCCAGCAUGAGAGCCAGCGGACCAGCCCCUGCUGUAAUUAGCAAGUCAUCCGGUGUAUCAACUCCUAAACCAGCUGUAGAAAAACCUCCGGUGUUUGCUCGUGAYGGUAAAAAGUGGCUUAUCGAAAACCAAAAGAACAAUACUAAUCUUGUGGUUGAUGGUGCUGAAAUGAAUAAUGUAGUGUAUAUAUUUAAGUGUGUAAAUUCAACAAUCACAGUAAAAAACAAAAUCAAUUCAAUCGUUAUGGAUUCUUGUAAAAAAUCAUCAGUGGUAUUUGAAUCAUUAGUCUCGUCUGCUGAGUUUAUUAAUUGUCAGUCAGUUCAGAUGCAAGUAUUGGGUAAAGUCCCAACAAUUACUAUCGACAAAACAGAUGGCUGCCAAAUGUAUUUAAGCAAGGAUUCUUUGACUACUGAAAUUGUCACAUCCAAAUCAUCUGAACUGAACGUAAUGGUUCCUAAAGCAGAUGGAGAUUAUUCUGAAUAUCCAAUACCCGAACAAUUUAAGAUUACAAUUGGACCAAAAGGUCUUAAUACUGUUGUUAUUGAACCUUCUGGGUAAAUUUUUAAUAUUUACUCACUUGUUCAAUUCAGCUUAAAAUCUCAAACUUAUUCAGCAUUUAUUCAUGUAGAAUUAGGAGUGAAAAAUAUUAUUAUUUAUUUUGAUGUUAAUAUUCAAAAUAUAAAAACUAAUUUCAUCAUUCAAUGUAUAUACUUAUACAAAUGAUUUGAGUUAAUUAGAACUUUUUUAUUACAUACAGUUUUAAAUCUAAUGUAACACUAAGUGAGUAAUAAAUGU